AUGACAGUAAAUUCGAAUUCAACUAAUAAUCAAAAUUCUUCAAAUUCUCCUGCACCUGUUAUUGUAACACGUACAUUAAGUACAUCAAAUGUUCGUAAUGCAUCAUCAACAAUUGUUCAAACAACACCAACUACCUGUCAAACAGCUUCAUCAUCAUCAUCAUCAUCAUCAGUUCCAUUACCACAUCUUUAUCCUCGUACAUCAAAUCGUAGUUCAUCAUCACCAUCUGUUGGUGUGAUUCCAUCAUAUCAUCCAAUAACAACAGAAUUAUAA